CUGCAAUUUUCCCUUUGAUCGUGAUGCUAUUCGCUGGCGGUUGGAGUGAUCGUUAUAAUAAACGCAAGGCCUGUAUGGUUUUUCCGAUAAUCGGUGAAAGUUUGAUGUUUUUGUGUCUACUGGUAUCGGCAAUAUUUUUCGAUAAAAUCCCCAUGGAAUUUGGAGCAUAUAGUGAGGCAAUUGUUCCAGCGUUGUUUGGAGGACAAACUCUAUGUUUGAUGGCCAUUGAUAGUUAUAUGACAAUAUCGACACCGGAAGCUGAUCGUAUAUUUAGAUUCGGUAUUUUUGCCAUGUUCACGACCGGCUUACCCUUUAUUGGUCAGCCCAUAAGUGGGGUACUCUUCAAUUAUCUAGGCUAUACAUGGUCCUUUACCAUGGCCUUCUCAUUCAACAUCAUUGCCCUACUCUAUGUCAUCUUCAUAAUCAAAGAACUCAAGCCAUUGGCAACGAAGACGGACACCACAGAUGCCACGCAAAAAUCGGGCACUGAAAAUCCCGCUUAUGAAGUGACACAACUAGAAGAUCUACCCACAGCACCAAGACACAACAACAAUGGCAUUGAUACCGUAGACAAAUCUCCAACCUCUAGACCCGCAAAACGUAAUGCCCUAUUGGACUUCUUUGACCCAACAUUGGUUGUGGAUUAUGUGAAAUUUCCAUUGAAAAAACGUCCAAAUCGUGGUCGUAUGCUGUUGAUAUUUUUAAUUAUGGCCUAUAUGUUUACCAUUGGUCCGGCUCUGGGAGAGAAUGAUUUUUGGAAUCGUUUUACAUUUAGAAAACUAAAUUGGAAUGGCAAUGAUUAUAGUGUGUACUCCACAUUUAAUUCGGCCUUGGCUGUGGCGGGCACCUUUAUAGGAACUGCCAUUCUGAGUAAAUUGCUGAAACUUUCCGAUUCCUUGGUGGGUUUUGUAUCCGCCCUGACAACAGCCUUGUCGAGAGUGCUUUUUGCCUUUUCCAGUGACACAGCCACAUUUUAUGCCGGUGGUGUGGCCGACAGUUUUGCCACCUUGCGUGUUAUUGCCAUUAAGACAAUCGGUUCGAGUAUUGUGGAUGGCGAAGAGCUGAGUAAAAUGUUCUCCCUCUUCAGUAUCUGUCAGCCAUUGGCCCAAUUGAUUUUCAUACCCAUCUAUAGUGAUAUUUAUGAAACUACUGUGGACUCCUUUCCGGGGGCAAUUUUCCUAUUCAGCGAAGUGUUUGCGAUACCCAAUAUCAUUGUCUUUAUUAUUUGUUAUGUUGUUGUCAGACGCCGCAAAUCUCAAAUGAAAGCCGACACUGCUGCCAAAGUGGAAAAUGGCCAUCAAAAUGGUAAUAAUGCUGCCAUACAAAACGGAGAUUCCGAAAUAACUAGUCUGUAG